UCCACGGUGGGUUCAUGAACUUCAAUCUGUUGUAAACUUCCAAAAAGAAAAGGAAAAAAAAAAAUGAAAAAGACAGCAUAUGUUAAUCUGGACCGUCGAUUCGAUACCCCAAGAUUGAUAAGUACAAUACAAACAUCAAUAUAUAUACACAAUAAUUCCCUCUCUGACCGUUUUUCAUAGUCCCUUCUCUCUUUUUAACACUUUCCUUCCUCAAAAGCAGAUACCUCAGCAUUUGUUUUUCACUCCCUAUAAAUAUUUCCUUUUGAGAGAUUUGCUUCAGGCUGUUUAAUUACAUGUUUUUCAAGAUUGAAGCUUUGAAGUUGAAGGGCAAAAAAUAAAGGAAGAAUAAAAUUAUGGGUUUACUGGUUUUUGCACUUUUCUUAGUAGUAUCUGCUGCUUCUGCUGAUGAAGAUGGUUUCAUUGGUGUAAAUAUAGGCACAGCACUCUCUGACAUGCCAAAUCCAACCCAGGUGGUGGCUCUUCUCAAAGCUCAGCAAAUUCACCAUGUCAGGCUUUAUGAUGCAGACCGAGCCAUGCUACUCGCACUUGCUAAUACUGGAAUACGAGUUACUGUAUCUGUUCCCAACGAUCAGCUAUUAGGCAUUGGGCAGUCUAAUGCAACUGCAGCCAACUGGGUUUCUCGCAAUGUUCUUGCACAUGUUCCUGCCACGAACAUCACUGCCAUCGCUGUAGGAUCCGAAGUCCUAAGCACCCUUCCAAAUGCUGCUACAAUUCUAGUUUCUGCCAUGAAAUACAUUCAUUCAGCCCUCGUUGCUUCAAAUCUUGACUCCCAAAUUAAAGUUUCUACACCACAUCCUUCUUCUAUAAUCCUCGACUCAUUUCCACCCUCCCAAGCUUUUUUUAACCGCUCUUGGGACCCUGUUAUGGUCCCAUUACUCAAGUUUUUGCAGUCUACUGGAUCCUUUCUUAUGCUUAAUGUGUAUCCAUAUUAUGAUUACAUGAAAUCCAACGGUGUGAUUCCGUUGGAUUAUGCUCUAUUUCGUCCACUCUCUCCUAACAAGGAAGCUGUUGAUCCUAAUACACUUUUGCGUUACACAAACGUCUUUGAUGCAGUCAUUGAUGCAGGAUACUUUGCAAUGUCCUAUGUGAACUUCACUAACAUUCCCAUUGUUGUAACCGAAUCAGGUUGGCCUUCCAAGGGUGACUCGUCUGAACCAGAUGCAACUCUUGACAACGCCAACACUUAUAAUAGUAACCUUAUCAGACAUGUUCUCAACAACACGGGGACUCCCAAGCAUCCUGGGAUUGCGAUUAGUACAUACAUUUAUGAACUUUACAAUGAAGAUCUUAGGCCUGGGCCUAUUUCAGAGAAGAACUGGGGGCUUUUCGAUGCCAAUGGGGUGCCAAUUUAUAUCCUACGCUUGACUGGUUCUGGGACUGUGUUGGCAAAUGAUACUACAAAUCAAACAUUCUGUGUUGCAAGGGAAGGUGCUGACCGCAAGAUGUUACAAGCUGCCCUAGAUUGGGCUUGUGGACCUGGGAAAGUGGAUUGUUCACCUCUGUUACAAGGGCAACCUUGCUAUGAACCAGAUACUGUAAGUGCACAUGCAUCAUAUGCUUUCGAUGCAUACUAUCACCGGAUGGUUAUGGCUGAUGGGACCUGCAAUUUCAACGGGGUAGCCGCUGUUACCACCACAGAUCCAAGUCGCGGUUCUUGCAUAUUUCCCGGAAGUGGUAGAAGAAAUGGCACCUUCACCAAUAGCACCUCCCCUGUUCCAUCCUCAAACUCUACCGCAUCUGGCUGUCGUUCAAGAUAUUUCGGCAGCAGUGAUGCAUUCACGAGCUCAGUGGUACUUGGCAUUCUACUCUGGAGUGCUACGUUUUUGUAAUAGUAUUUCGUUAUCAAGCAUCUUUGUAAAUGAAUUGACACCUCGAAACAAUUCUUUUGCUGUGUAUCUUAUCACACCCAGUUUUGUUACCACUCCAAGUAGUGUAAGGUGUGGCGGUCAUUUAAGACAGAGAGAGCUGUCUGGUAAUUUGGUGUAGAAUGGUUCAUUAAUUUGUAAAAACAACCCAAUUUAUUAGGUUAAAAAGUAAUUUGAUAAUUCUUAUUAGAAAAA